AUGUAUGGACGUAAAAUACGUUUACUUCUUGAACUUCUUACAGCGACUAGUAUUGAUGAAGAGAAAUUAAUUCGUAAUCGUGUUUUACAUUCAUUAUAUUGUGUAAAAAAAAAUGAAUCUUAUCAACGUUAUUUUUUUCUUGAAGUCAAUGAACAAUCAUGGCAUAUACAUCCAAUUGCUUCUGAAGAAUCAUCAGAAUUACGUUAUCUUCAUUCUAUAGAAAAUCUAUUUAAUUAUAUCUCAAAUUAUGACAAUAAUACUUUUGUUUAUGUUAAAUUACUUCGAGGUAGACCACCAAUAAAAACAAUUGACUAUAAAUAUAAAUGUCAUUCAUUAUUUGAUAUUCAUAAAGCUGAACUUCAAUGUAUGCAAUUAUCACGUGCAUUACUUUCUCGAGAUGAAUCAGAAGUUUAUGUUACAAUUGAAGAUAACAAAACUAUAGCUAAUUAUUUAAAAUCAAACGAUAAUCAACUACAACAAAAAUCAUCUAAUACAAAUGAAAAACAUAUUAAUGAAAUUGAAAUUAUUCGUAAUAAUCAAAUAUCGAAUCCUAAAACUGAAAAUAAGGUUCAUUUUAAACAAUUAGUUUCAAUAAAAAAAUUUUCAAAUAAUGAUAAAAUAAUUUCUAAUCAACAAAAAAUAAUACUUGGACAUUCAACAUCGAAUAAACUUUAUCAAAAUCAUGAUAAACGAUUAAAACAAAAUGAAAAAUCUCAUCAAAUUCAACAAACAAUUAUUCAAAAUAGACCAAUUUUAUUAUCAUCAUCAUCAUCAUUGUUUACUUCGACUUUCAACAAUCAUAGAAAUAUAAACUAG